AUGGGCAUGCUGAAAGAGCUUGGAAUCGCCAAGACCGUGACCUGCAUGACAACGGACACGGCUGCGAAAAUGAAGAACGGGAUCGUCGAGCAUAUGCCGGGUAUGGAGUGGCUUGGGCGUGCAUGCCACAAGGCUGAGCGAACAGUGCAGAAUUUCGUCGGUCCCCCCGGCCUGAAGAAGUCCAUCAGCGCCUUCACCAAGGUUGCAACGCACCUACAAAAGUCCGCGCUGUGGAAAGGUGUUUUCCAAGACGCGCAACAACUGAGUUGA